CGUAAACAAACUCUUUUUGACACCAAAUUUCUGAAAAACUUUACAAUUUUCAAUUAAAAUAUCUAAAAAACACUAACACAAAAUGGCCAAGCAUCAUCCAGAUUUAAUUUUCUGUCGCAAGCAGCCAGGAGUAGCCAUUGGUCGUUUGUGUGAGAAAUGUGACGGCAAGUGUGUCAUUUGCGAUUCGUAUGUAAGACCCUGUACAUUAGUGCGUAUCUGCGAUGAAUGCAAUUACGGAUCCUAUCAAGGUCGUUGUGUGAUCUGUGGUGGUCCGGGAGUAUCAGAUGCCUACUAUUGCAAGGAAUGUACCACACAAGAAAAAGAUCGAGAUGGCUGUCCCAAAAUUGUUAAUUUGGGCAGUUCCAAAACAGAUCUGUUUUAUGAACGAAAGAAAUAUGGUUUUAAACAAAACUACUAGCAUUUACUUUUUCUACCUCUUAUCUUACAAUAAGGACCUUAAUAAAAAAACUAUUGUUUUACAGUGAA